AUGAAGUCAGAUGGUUUCAGCCCCGUCCUCACAAUAGAAACAAAAUAUCUAUGACAAGGGACUCCUACUGUACUGUGCCCUGACCAAACCAUAUAUGGAUUGUUUUGUUCAACUGGAAGGACAAACUGAGCCUGUUUAGAGAGAGCAGCAAGACUGGUGAGUGGAAAAUAUCAUAGAAGGGUAAAUUGAAGAACCUGGCAAUGUUCAAUCUAGAGGCAGGAGAAUUUUGAAGUUAGAAUGUUAGCGAUAUCAUCAAAUAUUUGAGAUGCUAUCAUUCGGAAGAAGGAGUCAAUCAAUUAUUUUGACGUUUCUCAUAGGGAAGGAUUUAGACCAUCAGGUGGACACUUCAAAGAGGCAACGUCACACCUCCUGAGGACGACGGGGAGGACACUGGGUUUCGCUGAGGUUUGCAUCUUACCGCCGUCAAAGCGGAGGCUCCAGACACGAGCUGGGCUGCCCGGGAGCCAAGGACCACACUGGCCAGUUUUCCUCUACAGUCCAACGCCAGGGCUCACCUCCGAGAGCCCAAGCCUGCCCUCCUGCCCAGAAUGACUCACCAUUCUUCCUGACUCGGGUGCUAGGACAAUAUGGGGAGCUCAGCUGUCUGUUUGUGUAUCUAGGAUUCCCCCAGAGUCUCAGCAGCUUGGUUACUAAGAGACCUCCCUGAUUCCAGCUCCUCCAGCCAAGCCAAACAGUGGCUCGCUCCCUCACUUGCUCUUUGGUGUACAGAGCCCAGCCAGUGCUCUCAUGUUCAAACUCAAGCUGAUACGCCUGCUUUUCUGGGGGACAUUAACAUUGUCCUGAAAGCUCGCCCCGGGACAGCUGGAAGGUGUAGAGCCAGGAGCCUUUCCCAGCCCCCAUUAUGACAGUGGCCACUGGAGACCCAGCAGAUGAAGCUGCCGCCCUGCCUGGGCACCCCCAGGACACCUAUGACCCGGAGGCAGACCACGAGUGCUGUGAGAGGGUAGUAAUCAACAUCUCAGGAUUGCGCUUUGAGACCCAGCUCAAGACUCUGGCCCAGUUUCCAGAGACCCUCUUAGGGGACCCCAAGAAGCGAAUGAGAUACUUUGAUCCACUCCGAAAUGAAUACUUUUUUGACAGGAACCGCCCUAGCUUUGAUGCCAUCUUAUAUUACUACCAGUCCGGGGGCCGGCUAAGGCGCCCGGUGAAUGUCCCCUUGGAUAUCUUCUCAGAAGAAAUCCGCUUUUAUGAACUGGGUGAGGAAGCGAUGGAGAUGUUUCGAGAGGAUGAAGGCUACAUCAAGGAGGAAGAGCGUCCUUUACCGGAAAAUGAGUUUCAGAGACAGGUGUGGCUUCUAUUUGAAUACCCAGAGAGCUCUGGGCCAGCCCGGAUUAUAGCUAUUGUGUCUGUCAUGGUGAUUUUGAUCUCCAUUGUGAGUUUCUGUCUUGAAACUUUGCCCAUCUUUCGGGAUGAGAACGAAGACAUGCCUGGUGGUGGGAUUCCUUUCCAUACCUACUCUAACAGCACCAUUGGGUACCAACAGUCCACUUCCUUCACUGACCCCUUCUUCAUCGUGGAGACACUAUGCAUCAUCUGGUUCUCCUUUGAGUUCUUAGUCAGGUUCUUCGCCUGUCCCAGCAAAGCCGGUUUUUUCACCAACAUCAUGAACAUCAUUGAUAUCGUGGCCAUCAUCCCAUACUUCAUCACCCUUGGGACCGAGCUGGCAGAGAAGACAGACGACGCCCAGCAAGGCCAACAGGCAAUGUCGUUGGCCAUCCUCCGUGUGAUCCGGUUGGUAAGAGUCUUUAGGAUUUUCAAGCUGUCCAGACACUCCAAGGGGCUCCAGAUCCUAGGUCAGACCCUCAAGGCCAGCAUGAGAGAAUUGGGCCUCUUGAUUUUCUUCCUAUUCAUCGGGGUCAUUCUCUUCUCUAGUGCUGUCUAUUUCGCAGAGGCAGAUGAGCGAGAUUCCCAGUUCCCUAGUAUCCCUGAUGCCUUCUGGUGGGCAGUCGUCUCCAUGACAACAGUAGGCUACGGAGACAUGGUCCCCACUACCAUUGGGGGAAAGAUCGUGGGUUCCCUUUGUGCAAUUGCAGGUGUCUUAACUAUUGCCUUACCAGUCCCUGUCAUAGUGUCCAAUUUCAACUACUUCUACCACCGGGAAACAGAGGGAGAGGAGCAGGCCCAGUACUUGCAAGUGACCAGCUGUCCAAAGAUCCCAUCUUCCCCCGACCUAAAGAAAAGUAGGAGUGCCUCCACUAUUAGUAAGUCUGAUUACAUGGAGAUCCAGGAAGGGGUAAACAACAGCAAUGAGGACUUUAGAGAGGAAAACUUGAAAACAGCCAAUUGCACUCUGGCUAACACAAACUAUGUGAAUAUUACCAAAAUGUUAACUGAUGUCUGAUUGAAACCUAUUAGCAUAUUUACAGCUCAAGUGGAACUAAUGCAGAUAUUGCAUAAUAGCCUGCAUUGUAGCUAUGUCCUACCGCGUGUACUUGGUUCUGCAUGGAAAGCAAGAAUUGUGAAGUGACUUUUUAUUUCUUUAAAAAAAUUUUUUUUUAAUUUAGAACACAAACUACCCUGUAUGUGGCUUUCAUGCAGACUUUCAUCACAGAUUUAGGGAUUUCCAAAGACUGAGGGUGUAGAAAGACAGGUGCAACUCUUGAAGCCAGGAUUCAGAAAGGGACAUUCAAAUCAUCUCAUGUAAGCAGCAUGACCUACUGGUGUCAGUGUCUCAUCUCUCCCAAUGGACUGUCCUUAGCAUAUGCGAGGGACUCCCCUCCCCAUCCUACUGCCCAACCAUCCCUUUCCGUCCUCCUUUUUCCUUCCCUCCCUUCUUCUUCCCUCCCUCCCUUCCUCCCUCCCUCUCUCCAUCCCUCCCCAGAGCCAGAACGGAUCCUGGCUUCACUCUUCUAAGCUUUGGUAACUAUUCCAAAUGUCAACCCCGUCUUUCGCAUUGAAAAGAACACCCAGCCAGCCGUGUGUGCAGAAUCCCUUUCUGUGUCACCGGCUCAGUGAAUUGCAGAUGCCAAGUGGAGGGCUGCUGAGGCUUGUUUCAUAACGGAAAAUACUGCAUUCGACUCUUUCUCUGCAGUGUCAGUGAGAGACCCAGGGAGGGACGGCUAGUGUGACCCAAGGUGGGUGGUUAAGACUCAGAUUUCCUACACAAGUCCUCGGGGAGGAACCAACCCACUGAGGAACCCCUCUACGUAGAGGGUCUCCACUGGGACCAUGUUCAGGGUCACCAAGGAUAACGAUGGUCCUUCCGUGGCACCUGAGUUUCCCAGAGUCUCUUGGAAUACUGAUACUGCAGUGAAACCCAACAGUGCUUCAGCACGCUGCAUGGGGAUUUGUUGCAUGAAUCUCAAUAUCUAAUACCCAUGAGAUUAAUCUGUUGUUUUUUUCAGAGUAGCCUACACAUAACAGUAUUCAUGCUUAUAGUAUUGCUAGACUCAGGAUGGCACUGAGUCAGGGGACUUUUUAAACCAGGGGAAGCCCAACCAAAGUCCUUCAUCGGAAGGGGCAAAGACAUAGCGUGAGACUACCUGGGGUAAAGGCAGCCAGACCUUCUGUGUGCACUCCACAGUUCUUCCAGGCAGGGGCACAGACCUCUGCCGAGCCCAGAAGGUGAAUCAGUAAGAAAAAGCCUGAGCAGAUCAUGCGGACGGCACCUUAGUCAUUAAUCUUGUUGCAAGCAGGAUUUCUACAACUGGACCGAACCUUUAGUUGUGAGAGCAGGUGCAUCUGUGAAUCCAAUGUACAUAGAUCCAACACCACCUUCAUGUGUUCCUCAACCUACCUACCUACCUACCUACCUACCUAGCUAGAGAUUAAAAUAGUUGCAUUCAAACAUGGUAUAAGCUUAUGCAAUAUUUUUGACACAGGGCAAUUUAUGCAUGUGUUCUGACUAUGUGCACUAGUGUGUGUAUAUGUCUUGCUACAUAUACACGGGCAAACACACGACACACACAAAUAUAAGUAUAAAUAGUAGUUAUAUAUAUAUAUAUAAAUAUAUGUAAAUGUAUACUCUCUGGAGUUCAGGUUCAGAGGGCAAAACCAUUGCUCUGUGAGCUGGGGAAAUGACUCAUGCAUGUCUAAGAGGCCUCACGAGUUCAUGUUGGAUUGAUCCUCAUGUUGGAUUGGUUCCCCCACUGGGCCAUGGUUUGCUGCCAUCACCUGAGAUACUCCAGCCUGUGUGGUUUCUUAGACCAUUACACAAUGUCUUUCUGCCCUCCAUGUGCUGCAGCUCCAGCCCCUGUGGCUGAAGCUUGUCUUUCUGAGUGCACAAGGGCCCAUGGCCCUCAUGGUUCCCUCAAGAUGCCCCUCGGCUUAGCCCCAGGGGCAACCUUUUCAUCACUGGUCCUGAAACCCAGCGGGACAGAAUUAACUCCAUCACCAUUUCUCUCCCCCCUCACCCCACCUCACUCUUUCCUCUCCUUUGGGUCUCCUUUUCACUUGGCUCGGUCUACCCAGCCACUUCCUUGGCUCUCCCCAACCCCUGAAGUCUCCUGAUUCAAUACCAAGGCUAACAAGGAACAGAACCUUUCUGAGAUUCAUGAUUUUUGGUAUUUGAUUGAACUCUCUCCUCUCUCUGCCCCCACUACCUAGAAAAGUACAAAAGUAGCUUCAGAUACUUCCUAGCUACGUGAUCCUGGGCAAGUCACAUAACCCCAAUUGCCUAGGUCUUACCACUCUUCUGUAUUAAAAUUGAUACUAAGACAGAAGAUAAGGGAUUUUUUAAGUACAAAAGUAAACUUGAAUAUCUAUAAAUGGUCCAUAAACACUGUUUGGACCCUCAAAUUCAACUCUAUUCCCCCAUAACUCCUUCCUCCUAUUAGACCUGCUCAAUAGGGAAUAUGGCAGAACAGAGAGAGCAAUGGUGUUAGUGUCAGAAAGCCUUGGGCUUCAACCCCACUUCAAAUUUACUAGCUGUGUGAUUCUGGGUAAGCACUUAACUCCCUAGAUCUCAGUUUCUUCAUCUGUAAAAAUGACAAAAUUAGACCUGACAUCUUCUAAAGUCCAUUCAGGGUCUAAAUCUAUUAUCCUAAGUGAGUCCAUGAGUUUUUUUUAUUCUUCUAUCCUUUUUUUCCGCCCUCUACCAUCCCUCUCCCUGGAGGAAGCUAACCAGCAAUAAGAAUACCUGAAGCUUCUCAAGGAAUGGCAAGAUCAGAGCCCCAUGCCAUCCUGUAUGGCUGAAUUUGUCUAAGAUUUUCACAUAGAGGGGAAUGGAGCUUCAAGUUGCCUCUUAGGUAUCUGUCAUUGACUCAUGUUCCUGUUUACCAAAUUACUCAAUACUUGGAGUUGUCAUGGGGAGGCAUCGAGGUAGGAAUCUAAAGGUUCUGGACCACUUCUGUGCAUGGAUUCCUAAAUGUAGUCAAGAGGUCCAUGGUAUACCCUCAUGGACUCGCAUGUCUUCAGGGAUUUGCCCAGCUCUGUGCAGUCACCCUUAUAUGCAUACAGUCCAUCUCAGGCUAUUCUGAAUCCCCCAGAAUUAGGAAAGGUAUGUAGCCAUUCUGAUGACAUUUAAGAGGGAAGCAACCUGGACCUAUGGAGUCCAGGAGAGGACUAUAGGUAUUUUAUUAUAACAUUCUCCCAGAAAGAAGUUAAGAGCAGAGGAUUCCCCUAUGAAAUAGAAAGUGCUCUUAAAAAGGAAAUGAAAAAGAAUCUUCUGAUCAAGAGAUACAAAUACAAGCAAUAUACACUUGCAAAAGACAUAUGAUACAACAUACAAAUAUGAGCAAAACCCCUAAAAAAUAGGGUCAGACCAAUGUGGUCUUACAAUUCAAAUGCACAAAUACAACAUGCACAAAAAAUAUGCAUCUGAUACACAACACACACACACACACACACACACACACACACACACAUACCCAACACAUACUAGGAGAAUCAACAUUUCUCUGAUCAUAGAGCUAUAAAUGAUAAGCACAAACAAAAGUAGACUAAAAUAAGAUUUAUCCCAUUUAGCCUCAUCUCUUCCCCCAACCUUCCAACACACACACACACACACACACACACACACACACACACACACACACACCAACUCUCAGCUACUUAGGGCUGCUUUUAUACUCCCUGAAUUCCUUCAGGGACAUCUGCUUUUAUACCCCUUGAAGACUUUCCAUUCUCCUCUUCAGAUCUUUCUUUUCUUUUCUCUCUACCCCAUCUAAUCCCAACUUUUCGUGUAUAAUGAGAAACCUUCAUUUGUGUGUAAAGAUAGGAGACUGGACCAUCUCUCCCAGAAGGACUUCUGAUUGGAGCAGGGAAUUUCAUAGGGUGUCCCAUCAAAUCAUUUUUUUCCUCCCAGAAAUCUGGAACUCAAAGUGGGCAGGCAGUGACUGGUGGAUAAACUUAAUGGCAUCCAAAGAACAUUGCCUCCCUGGGGCCCACAAUUCUAUAAAUGUCUAUACCACAGUUCUAUAAAUCUAGUGGGUAAUUUUUUUGUUUCUUUUGGGAAGCGGGGUGGAAGCAGGUAGGGGGUACAGCAGAUAGAGCCCUGGAUUGGAAAUCAAGAAGGCCUAAAUUUUAAUUCUGCCUUAGACAUUUAGCAGUGUAAUGCCUAGGACCCAUUCCUUAGUCUCUCUCAGUCUCAGUUCCUCAGAUCAGUUUUCCUCAGUUAAAAAGAGAUCAUAAUAGCAUUUACUUCCCAGGGUUGUUGCAAAGAUCAAAUGAGAUAGUCAAAACAUUAUAUAAAUGUUAGCUAAAAUUAUUGUUAUUUUCUCUGCACUCCUGGAAUCUCUAGGCUCAGCCCUAGUCUUUUUGUGGCUGCUGGCUCUACUGGCUACAACAGGGUCAUGGGCUGGAAGCAUCAAGUGGGUCCUCCAAAUUCAUAGCUUUAUCUAUGACCUUUUCUGGAGUCGUGGAUAGCUGGUCUAUCUAGCCAGAUAUUUAUCUAGCCAGAUAAAUAAAGACAAACUAUAUUUUAUCUUGGGGGGUGGGGGGGAAGAAAGUUACUUUUCCUUCCUGAAACAAUUCCCUGGAUCCCAGGUAUUGAAAUCAAGAGUCUACUUUUGGUUAGUCACACUGGGAUUGAUAUUGAACUUGGUAGUUGAUCUACCAUGGGUGGUUUAUUAAAAGUGGGUUUCUCCCCACCUAUCAGUACAUCCCUAGAAGUCAGCUGGUAAGGCUUGAGGAAAGGCUAACUCCUUUUGAUGCCAAUCUGAAGGAAACACAAAGUUAAAUUGAUUACUUUAAAAUGUUGGGGGAAGGAGUGCUAAAUUCUAUCACGUUACAGAUAAAAUAAAGACUAAACCUGUGAUUUCCUCUGUAUAGGAUGCAAUGAGGAAAUUCCUCCUUCCAAUAUCAGCCAGCACCUUUUCUUCAACUUAGAUUUUUAAAGGGUUGCCCAGAGCACUGAGACUUGAACAGGGAUAAGUGACUUGAUCAGGGUCACAAAAUUAGUAUACUAUGAGGCAUCACUUGAACCCAGGUUCUUUUUUGUUGUUGUUUGUUUGUUUGUUUCGAGGCCAGCUUUCUUUCUUUUAUAUAUCUCUUUCCUAUUGAAAUGCUUUGACUAUCCUUUAUUAUGGAUUCUCUAUGUAUCACUGAUUUCUCUGGACUCAGAAGAAUAAUUUAGUUGACUUUCUAGUUUGUCCCAAAUGAAGACCAGUAGUUGAAGCAGUACCUCUAGACCGAGGGUUUAGGGUUAGACCCAGGGGUCCUUAGGCUUUCUCUCCUCAGAUAAGUCACCAUGAUAGCAUUCCUUCCAUUUGUCUGCCCACCUACACUUUGUCAUCUCUCCAGAGACAUCACAAAUCAGCUCUGCCAUCCCUGGAACUUUUGCCACCAAACUGGCUCUUUGACUCAAGUUGAAAAGAUAAGGAUCUGUUUGGAAGUCAAGAACUGGCUUUCUCUUUGGUUUCAUGUAUUGUCUCUGUAGCUUGAAUUUCAGAACCCCAAGAAUGGAAGAAAUAUAGUGAAAUUUUCAAGAUGGUGAAAAGGAAGACAAGACCUAGGGUAGGGAAGAAAGUUUGGGCUGAGGAAGAGAAAAUGGAACUGGACAAUUUCCAGGCUAAACUAUGCAGAAGCCAAAAUUAAUGGAAGAUGAGAGUCUCUGAGUUUAUUAGUGUUUAUAUGGUGCUUUACACACACACUUUCUCUCUCUCUCUCUUUCUCUUUCCUUUUUCUCUCUUUCCUUCCUCCCCUCUCCUCUUUUUCUCACUCCCCCUUUCAUGUUCUCUGAGUUUCUCUCUUCCUCUUUCCCCCAUUCCCCAUUUCUUUUGCUUUCUCUCUCUUUCCUCUUUCUCUUCUCUAAUCUGGACUCCUGUGGGACCUAGGGACUUAAAAUGGAAUCCAAAUGUUUAACACCCAAGGGUGGCCUGACCUAAUCUCACUGCCUCCAAGCCUACUGACCUGAUGUGAGAAAGGCUUUUACAUAAGUUUUUCCAUUGACUAAAAUUUUGAUUCCCUAUUCUUAACCUGAAGGAGCUGUGAGGCUUUAACAUUCUAAUAAUCUUCUUUGACUUUGGUACUCCGAGCCAGUGAGACCUCCAUCCAAUGAGCUCCUUCCCCAUCAGUCCCUUUCAUAAAACAUCAGCACCAAGUCUUUUGGAAGUGAAUGUGAAUAAUGCUUCUGUCCACUUCCACAGUAAGUCCCUAAUGCUUUAGGGAGGCAUUCGUGCCAGUGCUAUUUAUAGCUAGAGAGAGCAGGACACAAUGUGAAAUACUUAAUUAUCAAAUAUAAAGAUGGCACCCCAGCUCCAUCAUCCAGGAGGUAUGUGUUUUGGACUAUCUAUCCAGGAGUGGAGAUGGGUUGAACUGAGCCACUCAUUCAUUUAUUCAUUCAAUCAUUCAUUCAUUUAACAAUUAUUCACCCUCCCAUCUUCUCUCUCUAGUUCCCCCUUGCAACCAGCAGAAAGCCCAUAUAAAUUACUUUGGUAUAAAUGUGCAGUCUAUAUGACUGCAGAAUGGAGUCCUUCCUCAUUUUAUCUUUGCCUCUCACCAAUUCAUAUGUAUGAUCUUAGUUUCUCUGAUGUUCUCACCACCUGAGCCAAUUAGCUAAUAACUAUGAGUCAGAAAUGUUCUCCAUGACUGGGAGGCAGCCUGGGGUAGUGGACUGAGCAAUGGUCUUAGAGCCAAGAACCCUGGGUUCUUCUCUAGACCCUGCUACUAAUCAAUUAGUUGUGUGACCCUAGGCAAGUUGCUUAUUCUCUCAGGGCCUCAGUUUCCUCAUCUGUAAAAUGAGGGGAGAGGAUUGGAUGACCCUCCAAGUGUACCUCCCAGUGGACAUUUUAUGACUUAUGGCAGACGGUCUUUAUCCCCAGGUCUGACCACGUCCUAUUCUCAAAGUCCAGUCAUGACCCUCACCUUUGACAAAGGUGCCGGAUCUCUGAUGCCCUCCCUCAAGAGAAAGCAAGCUGGUCAAUGCUGCCUCUCCUGCACUUUCCUAACCCCCUCUCCAUCUCCAUCCAUCACACUCCCCUGAAGCUGAAUUUCCAUUCUUCAUAUUUUAUUUAUCUUUUGAAAAAAAAAAGGAGGAAAAGUGCAAUAAAAUAAAUAGUGACUGUUUUCUUUAGCAAUAGCUGUUUCAAAAUCUUGCUCUCAGGACUGAAUAGUGAUAGCACCUGGAUUCUAGGGUAAAGACCGGGCUCCCUGGGUGUUCACUCACAAUUCAGUAACUUCCUCUCUCCUUCGCACUCCCUUGUGCGGAGUUCUAUUGCUUUGAAGCCCUUGACCCUACUGCAAGAUUGUAAAUGUAUGCAGAUGGCAAAUGCCAAUGGGAAGCAUGCCAUGUAGGCAAUGGGGAGGUGGGGGCUGGUGGAAGGCUUGCAUGUGCCCCAAAGCCCUUCUUCUCCCUCUGCUGCUCUGAACCUGUGCAAGAGCUUCCCAAUCCCCAAAUGCUGAAACCAUUCCUCUGAGUAGGCUCACACCAGGCCAUCAAGUUAGCUCUGAAUCUGUCUCUGGCAGCUCCUAAUGGAAGCCCAGAAGAGAGGGCUUACCAAGAGAUUAGAAUAAGGCAUCCUGGGCCAUUAUGAAAAGAACCUUUCCAUGGAUAAAGAACCAUUACCUAAUCUGUUGGCCCUCCCUAAGGGGAAAAUGGUUUCAGCAUUGGGGUUUGGGCAAAGGAACUUGCCUUCCUUCAAAAUGAAGAGGAUGCUGAUUUUUUUUUUGAGAAUUCUUUAACUAAAAGAACUUGUAUGAAUGUUAUGUUCGGAAAAGCAGUUGAGGUGAUGAUCACGUGGGGAAAAUAAAUGGAGGCAUUCACAGUGACCCAGUUGCCAAGAUGGAUGGCUAUUCAGAUGAACUGAGUAGGGGCAGGGGGGUAGGAGUCACUGGCAUAAUAACUAACGCUCAGCCACAAAAUACACUGAAUAAAGAAGAUGCAAGCAAUGAGGGAGGUUUUGGAGAGGCCCCUGAUAUUUUGGGUGUACAGAGUCUUGUACUGGACAAUCAUGGUUGGUGGAUAACCAAUGAUGGCCUGGAGGUCAUUACAUUCCUGUUAAAUCCACCCUUACUGUAUAUAUAAUAGGCAUAUUAUAUAUAUAUAUUACAACAAAACCUUGAUUAACAGGAAUGGGGAAGCUCAGGGAAAGGGAUAUACCAGUUAAUUGAAUAAUCUGUCUAAUUGAGUGUUGACAAGAAAACCCUUGUUUUACUAUUUAUUGUUGAAAAUCUUCUUAAAAUAUAUUAAAUUAGUCCACGCUUCCCUGACUUAGUAAGUAGAGUAUGUGCAUAGACAUGAUGGAAGCUUUUGCAGAGUCGGGAUUUUAAAAACUGUACAGGAGCAGAGAUGGAGAAGGCCUGGGGAAUUAUCCUAGAUGAAGAUGGGAUCCAGUGAUAACUCCUGGAAAUCAGUGAUGGAAAGAAACCCCUACUCUGAGCUGAUUCUAUCCACCUUUGCCUCUUUCUCCUAAAACUAUAGUACAGGGGGAAAAAGAAGCAAUUCUUGUUCAUUGAGGGUUUUGAUGAUGUGGAGUCUGGUUAUUCAAAGUUUUCAAAAAAUACACAUAUGUGUAUAUAUGUGUGUACAUAUAUGUAUAUGUAUACCAUGACUUCAGAAAUUAUAUAUACACAAAGCAAACUCCCUUAGUUGAAUGAAUGUGGAAUAAAUUCAACAAACCAUGGAAUAAACUGCAUAUAUUUGGUUCUUUGUCCUUCUCUCACCCCUUCCCCUUGAUUCCUAUCCUCUCUAUUUCUCCAGCUUAGCUACUUCUGUCCUGAUUCUAGCCCUAUUUGGAAGAUAGCUCUGAUUUUUUUUAAACAAAAAGAACAGAUUCCUACUUUGAAUCCUCCCCCUACCCCGUAGUUGCCUAACUCAAUUAGAAAAGGGGGAUCAGUUCUCAGGCCCAGACUGUCCUCCUUUCUUCGUUCUGCCUGAAUUUGGCUGGUACUUCCUCUCUACAGAUGGCCAGAAACAUCCUUCCCAGCUCUGUAACCCUGGAGAAGGGGACAUAUGAAAUAUUCCACAGUAGACUAAAUAAAGUAAUUCUCUCCAGUUCUGUUUGCUUUCUGGGGAGACCAUCCUAUGCCUGGAAGAGAAUGUGUAGACCCUUUUCAAUUCCUCCUUUUGAAAGUCUCAGUGGAGUAGAAGAUGGAUAACCGUAUUCUAUUGCUUUUAAUCAAAUCUCUGGAGGUGAAGUAGGAGGGACUUCCAAGGCUUCAUUUACCCUAUGGGAAUAAGCAGUAUAGAUUGCAUUAGAAACAGCCAGAUCAGGCCAGGGACAUGCUGGAAACUCUUAAUCACGCCCUAUCUAUUGCUCGUUAGACCUAUGCAGUAUACAAUAUUUUCCCUAUAACUGGCCAGCAUCACCUCCCAUAGAGGCUUGUAUCUACUCAGAGGGAGAGUCAAGAGCAUCUCUGCAAAAUCCAGUGGUGCAGACAUCUAUCGUGCCACCAUUAUUGGUGACCAUCAGUCAACUGAGGAUGGUUCUGGCCCCUACUGGGUAAUGGUAGCAAAUGGAUCUGGACCAAGAGAGGUAUCACCAGGGUUGCCAAGAGUAUUGGAAAUGGGUAAUGGGGCAAUGGGCCAGGAGCUGAUUUUGAACCAAACAUGGGCUAUCUUUAGUCUAGAUUUUUUGCCUAAGCAUCUGAAUGGCUCAGACUAUAUGAAUAACAGUAAAUUCAUCAUUUUACAUGGUAACAAGUCAUGUUGCUGGCAGAAAUACUCCUUGUAGAUACAGAUGUGAACCUGUUUGGGUUCUUUUACCCCCUCUUUUCCCAUUAAGAUAAUAUAGAAGUUAACCCAGCUGCAAUCUCUUAAUCUGUUCUGGGUCAAAUUGCUGCUAAGAAUUCACCGUUCUAGGAUCUAGGUGCACUGGAGGCAGGUGUGCUCACAGGUGCCAGGGCACCUAGGUAAUUAGGGCAGUGUAGAUGUGGCUGUGUGCUUAGACCUUCCAUCUCUACCCAGAGCCCUUCAUUUCUGGGCCCCUUCUCUGUUCUCACAAGAGGCCUCUAAACUGCUGCUGCUCCUUGAAAAUGACUCCCUGGAGUCCUGGCUGCUUUGUUUGUAUGUGUGUGCACAAAAACACCCCGUAUGGAUGUACAUAGUGAGGAGAGGAGACGGGAGGAGGAGAAUUUUCAGAGAGGGGCUCGCUUUGCUGCCAGAUGAUUUCCAGGUCAGUUCUUAGAAAUGCUGCCAAAGUCCCUGGGCCUUUGCUGUUCAUGAAGUGCAUUUUUGCAAGGGCAUUGAGAUUCCUAUUCAGGUGUGGCCAAAAAAGGAGCCAAGCCACCCCAGCCUGCUCCGAUGAACAAAGGGAAAGAGAUUCCCAGGCAGGUGGAAGGAUGAGGGUCAGCUCUGGAGUUUCUGAACAGAGCAUCCCCUUGCUUGCCCCACUUCUACUUGGGUGCCAUAACCAGCUACCCUGCUUUCCUUUGGCAUCUCCACACCAAAAAUCCCAGCCCUUGAGAGAAGGGGGGCACUUCCCUAUUGAAACCUGGAAGUCUGAGAGUCUCCCCUCAGCCUGCUGAGAUGAAAAUGCACCAGCUAAAUUAUCUCCCCCCAAAUUCCUGUGCCCACGUGCCCCUCUCUUUGCAGGGCACAGUCUGGGUGCAGCCCAGAUUUGCAAUGAUGGUGACUAAGAACCUGUGCCCAAAGGCUAGUGUUUCUCAGGCCUUUUGGAGCAUCCCAGCAAACCUCUGGUUUAUGGGAUGCUACUUCCUCUCCCAGACUUUUGUGUAUGCACAGCAGAUAUGUAUAUGUGUAUGUACAGUGUAUGUGGUGACUGCCUCUCACUCGGAAGCAUGGAGCUGUUUGUAACCAAGUACAAAGGCAUUAAUUAGGGGUUUACACCGGCUUCCGCAUUGCUCGAGACUCUGCAGCUGCCCUACCGUGUCCUGUCCCUGGUAACUGCUGGAAAACGCAAAGGGGAGAAGCUGAUAAAUAGGCCUCAUUGGAAUCAAUAGGAGAAGGAACUCCAAGGCUGGUGGUUAAAGCUUCGUAAGAGUGAUGCUGAUGUGGAGCCGUGGGUCUCCAUGGCAAUGGGAGGAUGGCGACCAAUGGAAACCAAAGGCGGAGCAGGACUGGUGGGGAAGACUCACGGGAGUUUGGGAGUUGUUUAACCAUUUCUUUGCUUGUUGAAAAUGUAGACACCAGCUGUAACUGAAUUGCACAGUCUGUAUAGAUGUUAUCAUUCUUGCUGACAUGUUUGGGGAGCUUUCAGGCCCAUCUCCAGUCCCGCCCUAAGCCCAGUCUUCUGUAGCUGAGAAUCCCUGUGUCAGUAAGGUCUGAUAUUUGUACAUAGAUUAUACAUACACAUGUACAUAUGUGCCUCAAUGAGCAUUGGCUGUCUAUCAUGGAUGUACAUAGACUUCAUAGAGUACCAUAAUUUUUUUUUGUAAAUAUGGACACAGGCAAAUAAAUAUAUAAAUAUAUAUUACUGAGGAUUUAUUUUAACAUCAUUCUGUGUGAAAUGACAAAUAAAAUUUUUAACAGACAUCAAA